CUCAGAAAGAGUUCCCAACUGGCCACUAGGGAAGGGAUUUCUGAUUUUCUAAACCAUCAGAGUGGAGUGAAGUCAAACUUUUUGACACUCUCAAGAGAGACAGCAUCAAAAGGACAUAAGCAGAGAUGGCGAGUGGACAGAUGUCAAGGGAGGAGGCGUUGGCAUGCUCAAGCUGCAGGCAUGCAUGCCAUGCCAUGCUUUACUGUGACACACACAGUAAGCUGUUUGGGAGAUCUCCCAUUAGACAUGUCAUACUGAUGCAGAUGCGCUUUGACGGUCUGCUGGGUUUCCCUGGCGGGCUUGUUAACCCACAUAAGGAAACCCUGGAGGCGGGGCUUAGCAGGGAAUUAUUGGAAGAGCUGGGUGUGGAGGUUCCUAUAUCAGUGGAAGAUCAUGUGGAGACCUGCUUUGCCCCGCCAUCCUCCCCCUCCUUCUCCUCCUCCCGCCUUAUCCUUCACUUUUACGUGAAGAAGAUGGAUGAGGAGCAGAUUAGGGAGGUGGAGAGAGCAGCUGUAUCCACUGCAGCAGAUUAUGGACAGGAGGUACUAGGAAUGGUCAGAGUCCCGCUGUACACCCUGAGAAGCGGAGGAGGCCUCGCCCUCUUCCUCUCGCACUCUUUCAUCGGUAACUCUCGCUCCCAGCUGCUCCGCUCCCUUCUGCGCCUAAACAUGGUCACCCCUGAGGAGUUGCACAGAGCUCUCACAGACUCUUUGAAGACACACACACGCACAGCAGACGACCUGAAAGCAAACCUCUCACUGACAGAGCCAUACAGGAAACGGUUUUGAAAGCGCACCUUCACAUGUUCCAGAAACAUCUCCUCAAGCAUGCAGUAGAUUCAGUUUGGCCAUCAGCAAUGUUCGACACAAUCCUUCUCACAGAGUUAAUCCUAAAUACACACAAACACAAACACAUACAGAUACACGCACUGUCAUACUGAUUCUCAGAUGGUGACUCAUAAUUGCCUACUUUGCAUGAAAUAGUUUGGAAAAAAAGCAUCAGAAGCUUCAGUAUUCAUUGAAAUAAAUUCAUUUAUCCUCCUUAAAAUUUAUCAGUUCUUUUUAUUUGCUGUCAAACAUAAAAAAUUGUAAAAUUUGAAAAAAAAAAACAGCAGACAGAGAUAUGCAAAUUCUUUUGACCUAUAUUCAACUGGCUUUAGCAUGAAGAUAAGAUAUUUAAUGUUCAAACCCAUGGAUUUUCUUCCUGAAUUUGAUGCUGGCAAGAUCUCCUAAAAAAGUCAUGGCAGGAGCAGAUUUACCUCUGUGUUACAUUAACUUUUUUUCAAACAACACUCUAAGCAUCUUGGGACACUUAUCGUUGAAGUAUAAAAGUGGACCUGAAUUUGAUUUUAUAAGGACAUUACAGUUUAACAUGGCUUCAUUUCAGAGCAUGAAAUCAAUGCACUGCACAGAGUUUAUGGAUAUUACUAAUUUCCAUCUGUUUUCCUCAACUGGGACUUUAAGUUCCUUAGCUGUAUGAUACAAAACAGCACAGUGCUUUGCAAUGUAAAAUUUACACAUUCCACAAUAAAACAAUACAAUAUAUGUAUUGUAUGUAUGUAUGUAUGUAUGAGGUUUAGAAACAGGGCAAUCUAAAGAUGAGCACAGCUCUGGUUCACUUUUAACCACACUUCAGUUUGUUGUUAAGGAUUUUAAAUCUGUUUUUAGUUUCAUUUCAGCUGAUGAUGAAUUCCAGAGUUAACAGAGUUUAAUGGAGAAAGUUGCCCAUCAAAAUGUUGAUCUACGCAUUUAUGUCACAUUUUCAUUCUCCCAGCUUCUUAGCCCUCUGCUACUCUCCUUCCUUUGAACAAAUCUUGGCAAAGGGUCAGGAGUGCUAUUUUUUAUUCUUGCCUGAUGUAUACGAUAAAUAAGUUGCUGGGGCUUCUGUUGUCAUAUUUUUUGCUUCAUAAUACUCUGUACAAUCUUAGUGGGAGACAGGUCUAGUACCUGCACUCAUUGUGAAGCCAUGCUGUAGUGACUCAAGCAGAAUGUGGCUUGGCAUUGUCUUGCUAAAAUAAUUAGUGCCAUCCCUGAAGAAGACGUCUGCAGGGUGUCUGCAGGGUCUUAAAAAGUUUUACAAGUUAAUUAAACUUAUUUAAUGAAAAUUAAUUUUAUUGAUUUCAUUCAUUGAUUUAAAAAAAGUAUUAAAAAGUCUUAAAUGCAAGACCGUUCGGUCUUAAAGUUUGUAGCUUUCAAAAUUUGUGUUUGCACCAUGAGGUUUUUCUGUGUUUGUUUUCAAAUUUUAACCACAUGUGAGAUUCUUUUGGAACCAUGCCAGAUCUGACAGUGCUGAGCUGUCAGUGUGUCCUAAAAGCUGAAGUGCAAAAUUUUAAAAGUACUUUAAGACUGUGGCAUGGCAACUCAAAAUAACCAAAUAAAAAGAGCCUGCAUUGUUAACUACCUUAUGGUAUCAAACUGAGGUCUUUUUCUCAUAUUCUCAAAAUUCUUGAAGGAAUUUCUGUCUUCAUACUACAAUAAGAAACUUUAUUUUCUACUUAUUUUUAUCCUACAAUCAGCACAAAACAUAUAAAACCGUGCCGCUAGUGAAACAGACUAGAAAUUGAUGAUGCGAUCUUAAAAACAUGAAGAGGGUCUUGAAAAAGGUCUUAAAAAUAUGUAAUUUGAUUUCAGAUUUUCCACAUAUGCCCUGGUCUGGAUAGCAGCAUAAUUGCUUCAAAACCGUACGUGACUCUCAGUAUUAAUGUGAUCCUUGCC